CCUGAUUAUCCCUACAGUAGGCUAGUUGAAUGUUGGACUGUCAGUUUUGUUGCUGUCUUGCAAGAGGAAAACAUGACUGACUAAAGCAUAUUGGACACCUGGACUGUGAAGAUAACUAAGGAUUGUGCUAUCAGACAAUGCAAUAUUAUGUAUUAGCAAGAAGGAGCUGGAACAGCUAAAGGACAUUCUACUGACAUACUGAGAUUGGACAGUGGGGGGUCAUUAUAAUGCUGGUAUCACGCAAUUUUUGACUGAAGGUUUUUGUCAAGCUGAGCAGCCUGUCAAUAAACACUACAGACUGUCCCAAGUGGCUUAAAAGCAAUGCUUACAAAGCAUGUCCUUAAUAGGAAUGAGAUAAAGGCAUGAAUGUUUUCAUCAACAACAAGGAACAACCAAGUAAAAUGCCUGUAAGCCAUCAUUUACAAAGAGAGACAGAUCAAUACAGCACACAUAUCCAUUUAUUAAUGUAAAAUCAAAGAAAUCGUGAAGAUCAGACUCCACAGACUGUUCAAACUAAAGCAUCAAGCAUGUACUGGUGUUCUUCAAACAGAUAACCCUAGAAGACGAUCAGUAUGAACCUGACUGCCCAUCUUCUGGACCUCAUGCUGAAGGCUUCCAACCUCUCUCGCUGGCAGUUCAUCCAGGAAUUCUCCAUUCCUCCUCUGGUGGCUGUGCCCAGACUCCCUAGCGCCCUGCUUCCAGUUUUUGGUCUGCUCUACGUGCUCAUCUUUGGGCUUGCAGUGGUGGGAAACGGGGCGGUGCUGGUUCUCUUAUGUCGCAGGAAGGCUCUACAGUCUCCCAGCACCUUUUUCAUUUGCUCUCUGGCACUUAGUGACCUCUUGAUAUCUAUAGUAUGUGUUCCUGCCACACUGCUGCAGCACUUCUUCACCAACUGGUUGGCAGGUGAUUUCCUGUGCAAGUUAAUACCAUUCCUACAAGUGACAGCCAUCGCAACCAGCAUGCUCACCAUGACUUGUAUUGCUGUAGAGCGUUUCCAGGGAAUCCUUUAUCCUUUGCAUGUCCGGAACAGCUACUUUCUUUGUCAUGCCUUCAAGAUGCUGGUGACCGUGUGGUUGGUUGCCCUGGCAAUCGCGGCUCCCAUGUGGUUUGUUCAGAAAGUGGAGGUGAAAUAUGACUUUCUGUUUGAUGUCCACCACACCUGUUGUUUGGAAGUAUGGCCAAGCCAUAAGCAGAGGAGAGCUUACACUACCUGUCUGUCCGUUCUGGUGUUUCUGGCCCCCUUGACGACCAUGGCCAUCCUCUACUGGAAGAUCAUGCGGGAACUCUGGGGAAAGCACAAAGUACACGACGUCAUGUUUCAAACACUCCCAGGAUCUGAAAUCAACAAGAUUACCAGGAGGAAGAAGCGUGCGGUAAGAAUGAUGGCCACCGUGGUGCUGCUCUUUGCCGCCUGCUGGGCGCCUUUCCAUCUGGUCUCCCUCCUGCUUGACUACGGUCAGCUGGACCUUGAUCUUGACUCCGAGUUUCUCCUAGUCAGCGUGGUUCAGAUCCUGGGAUUCAGCAACUCUGUGUGUAACCCGCUGGUUUAUGCUGCCCUCAACACCACCUUCAAAAGGGACCUGCUGGCUCUGCUCACUCGAGGAUGCUCUGGUGCAAGAGGUUGCUGCUGUAGCUCGUGCUCCUGUUGGUCCUGGAGGAGUCACAAACGAGUGGGCAUCUCAGCAGUGGAAUCAGUGGAACCCAGACGAGGCCUGGAGACAACAUGCAGACAGGGAGGGAUCAGAUCAUGGAGCAAACCAGCAUGGGAGGCUGAACCAAAAAGGCCUACAUCUAACAUGUUUCCCACCAUAAACCUUCUCAGCGCCAUCAGACCCAAAAAGACCUCCAGUACCAUGAUACUAAGUGUUAUCGACCCUCCACACACAGACAGCACGUCUGGAUCUGACCGCCCUCUCACAGGCAUACUGGGCGAGUGAAUGUCAACAGAAUGAGAUUGUAGUGAUAGCUUAAACUCGUAGACUUAAUGACUUAGAAGACAAGAAUCCUUCAGGAGCUUUAAACAAUCUCAAAUAUAGCCACGGUUUUUAGUUUUUGCUAAUGACGUAGAUUCAACAACCUGCAGGCAGCAGUUUUCAGAGCUUUGAAGGAUGUUUUUGUUUUUGGAGCUCAGUUAAUAUCUCGACGAUAAGGAUGGGAGCGAGUCACCAAUGACAGAAACUGAGAUGGUUUUGAGGUGCUUUCGGUCUUUGAGCUUCUAAAAAAAACACAUAUGAACAAGACCAGCUACAGGACAUCAUUAGUUUUAGUUCGGCUCUGAGAAAGACCAAAGACCAUGUGUGCACCCUUCCUAGACUGUGGAGCGUGUGCAGCCUCUUGCCUCAGGGAAUGUGGAUUCUGUCUCCAUGGAUGGGCCCAAAGCCUACCGGAUGUUCUUAGAGUCAGCAGGAGCCUGCAGAGACGUUUGGAGAUGUCCAGCUGAGUGCGGACAACACACUCUCCAUAAAGCCUGACAACUCGGAUUUAUAUCAUGACAACUGUAGAGUUUGCUACAGGCAAAAUUUCACUAUUCAGACAACCUGGAGAUAGAGAUUACAUACAGACUGGUUGGCAGAACACACACACAUUUGGCACUUUGAUACCUCAGCUCAUCAUACUAUCUGCAUCUUUACAAUGGUUGUUAUUGUUUAAUUGAAAUAUCUUAUUUUAAAAGAUUGUUUGCAUAUUUUUCUAUUGCAAUACACAUAAAAAGUAGUCUAGAUGCUUUCAUCACUGUAUAUCUUUGUUACAGUGACUUUGUAAAAAUUGCUUUUUGAUGCUUCAUAUUAAAAGUCUUAAUA